AUGUCUCAGUUUGGUGCGAAGAAUCCAGCUGCUUGGGCGCGACCUCCAGGCAGUCAGCAGCUGAAUCCAGGCCUUUUUCAAAAUCCACUUAUUGGUGGGCAGCCGUUUGGCGGUGUUGCGCAAAUGAAUGUACCUAACAUGAUCAAUGCUGCAGCUUUUUCUCAGCAAGCAGCUGCCAGCAUGGGAAUGAAUCUUGGAUUACUACAAACUCCUCAGCAAGCAAUUAGAAUGCAAGCCCAGCAGCAGCAACCGCAACAGAAAACGAGAACAUUUUCGGGCGUUGUCACGAAAAUGCAUGAUAGUUAUGGUUUUAUUGACGACGACGUUUUCUUCCAAGUCAGCGUUGUGCGUGGGGCAUUGCCAAGAGCAGGCGAUCGAGUUAUGGUUGAAGCGCAGUACAAUCCAGCUAUGCCUUUUAAAUGGAAUGCAUUCCGUGUCCAGCUGAUUGGAAAUGAAAAAACAGGUUCACAGAGUGGACCACACGGACAUCCACAAGGAGAUAUGAGGGGCAGACAACUGCCAUCGCCUAGAGGUCCGCUGAUGGGACAGAAUUGGUCUGACAAAGGGCCAAAUUCUGGCUCGUUGUCCCAUAUGAAUGAAAUUCAUCAACGUGAUAGUCGAGGGCCGAGAGCAAGAUCACCCGUCCCACCUCCUGGGCGUCGUCGUUCACCUAUAAGAGGAGGCCCUCCUGGAAGCGCCGGUCCGCGUCGGUCCAGUCCUCUGCGAAGAGUUUCACCAAUAAGGAAUGCUCCUAGGCGGUCUUCACCGCCAAAAAGAAGCCCUGCCCGUGGAGAUGUUACGAGAACUGGUCGUGCACCUUCUCCUAAGCAUGGUACGCCUGCUAGAAAGCAUGAAGGUAUGAAGAGAGAACGGUCGCCAAGUGGUUCGGUUCGAAACAAAUCUCCAUCUGCGAAACAUGAAGGGCUUUCGCGUGACAGUAUAUCUCCUCCUCGUCGUCGGGCACGUAUAAUUCCCAGAUAUCAGUGUUACAUGCCUAAAGCACCCUUUGGAAUGUUUGAUGAAGCUACUAGACAGAGUGUUGUUCAGCUGCGGCGGCGUUAUCCAUCUCUUUAUAUUCCGUCAGAUUUCACAGAAGCAGUCAUAGACUGGCCGGUGACGACGCCAGUCAUGUGUCCGUUGUCAAUAUCAGUGACUCCAAUUUCCUUCAACGUUCUUCACAAAGAAAUUGACUGUCCAGAUACGAAGCUGCCACCACUUUUUGCUCCCGAUGCGGAUCCAAGAUACAGUUCUAAAGUGAUUUUAUUAACUCAUAGUGGUCUUGCAUCAGUUCACCAGAAAGCUUUCGGCUUGCUAGCGGACGGAACCAUCGAUGAGGGUGCAGAUCCGAUACCGCUGUCUCGAUGCAUUAGUUUCCUCGUUGGGACACGUGGUAAGGGUGAGUUAAUGGCACUUGGUGGUUUAUGGUCGCCAUCACUGGAUGGUAAAGAUCCUGAGUCUGAUCCUGAAGUUCUUAUACGAACUGCCAUAAGGACGGUCCUUGCAUUAACUGGGAUUGAUCUUUCCAAGUGUUCUCGCUGGUACAAGAUGGCCCAGUUACAUUAUUAUCGAGCGGAGAAAGAUCGAGUAGACACGACUGUACUGUUCAUUCCUGAUACAGAUGGGUUGAUGCCGUCAGAGGAUCAGUUUCGACAACAGUUAGCGGUGCUUAAGGAUCAACUUGCAAAUAAAAUCUCUGCGAUUGAGGCUUUGACAGCCGAGCCUUCACAGGGGGAGGGCACAGGUGCUGCUGGUGAUUCUGCAGGCACUACAACUGCUACAGCUGCUGCUACAGAUCAACCCAACAAGGAGCAGGCUGGUGAGGAUGUACAAGAGGAAGAGGACGAAGAGGACGAUCUCACCCCCACCCACUGGUCGAAGUUGGAUAUAAAAACGAUGAAGGUUGCUGAGCUUCGCCAAGAAUUGAUGGCACGAGAUCUGGAAACGAAAGGGGUUAAAACUGUUCUCUGUGCUAGGUUGCAGGAGGCACUUGAUAAGGAAAAAGCAGAAGAGGAAGGAAAGGCUAAAGAAGAGGACGAGGAACUGAAUAAGGAAGUUGAUGAUGAGCCGAAGAAGGAGGAAAAAGAACUUUCGGAGGAGGAGAAGAAGGCUUUGGAAAAGUUUGAAAAAGAAAAGAAAGAGAAGAAAGCAGCAUUAGAAAGGCACUAUAUUGUACCAAAGGAAACUAGUAUUCUCGUAUAUCCAAACCGUCAAGCGAAAGCUGGAAAAUUUGAUUGCAAAGUAGUUACACUUCGUAACCUUUUGGACUACCGUAUUGAAGACUCGAAAGAGCAUUCUUUUGAAGUAGCUUUGUUAGCUGAAGCUUUUGCUGAAAUGAUGGACAGAUCGUAUGCUUUUGAUAUAUACAAGGCUAUGACUUAUGCAUUGGAUAAAGAUGCGGAGAAGAAAAGGCGAGAUAAGGCUAAACUUCAAGAGGCUUUAGGAAAAGACGCUGAUGCGAAGAAACACAAUUCCACUGGUGAUGGUCCAGAUAAGAUUGAGAAGUCGGAAGAAGAGAAAAAGAAAGAGGAAGAGAAAUUUGAAGAAGAGCAGAAAAAGAUACUUUCAGAGCCUCGCAAGUCAGUAGUCUUCGACAGGGUGACAUUCCAAGCGUUUGCGCAUUUUGAUACUAAUUUAUGCGGGUACCUUGUCGAGAAGGAUGUUGAAGACGUUUUGUUCACGAUGGGUUUGAAUAUUUCUCGAGGACAUGUACAAAAAUUAGUGAAGAAAUUUGCUGCGAGAGAAAAGGUUAACUAUCGAUACUUAACGGACAGUUGGAUCAAUAAAGAUGGCACUGUUACUUAUAGUCCAGGCGUUGCUCCGGAUGCUCCCUCAUUAUCUGUUUUAAGCAAAGGAAUUGUUCCUGCAAAAGUCGAAGCAGUUAAAAGAACUGAACAAGAAGAUUCUCCGGAAUUGAGUUCCACUGGUGCAGUCGAUUAUAACGGUUCUUUGCUGAAUAUCACAGUGGUUUUAGAACGUGCGUCGCAAAUGGAAGCAGAGCGCAAUAAUGCUUUUCAGAAAAUCGAUGUUUUGGAGGCUCAGCUGAGAGAAAAUGCGAAGACAAUACAAAAUCUUGAAAAAAAGAAAAAGAGAUCUGAUGAGGACGCAGACAAGUACAGAAAAAGGCUGCAUGAAGCAGAAAAAAAUUUGAAGAACGCUAUCGAAGAUACGCAGCAAAUUAAGAUUGCCAUACAAGAGUACCGCAAGAUGGGUGAAAAAAUGAUAUCACUUGCUGACAAAGUGAUUCCUGCUCCAAAAUUAGAGGAGAAGCCGACAGAAAAAGACGUCCUUGAAUCGAAAAAAGAAAAAGAACCCGAGAAGAAACUUGUCAAGAAGGAGAAGGUUUUUUUUUUGUCGUACUUUUCCUGA